ACGGAGAAAGGGAACUGGGGUUGGGGAAGCUUUGAUCCAAUGAUGCCGCUUCCCAGGAGACGUUCGGAGACCUGGACAUGUCCGGAUUGAAGAGAUACGAGGUGGCGCUGGAGGCGGAGGAGGAGCCAAGAAUUAGAUCUCUGGAGCUGUCACAGGAUGAGCAAGGACAUGCCCAGCUGCCUUUCACUCACUUCGUGCCCCAGAUAAAAGGCACCAAGAUAAAAGAUAGGGGAGGAGGAGGAAUCAGAAGCAUCCAGGCUGGGCAGCAUGAAGAGGCCCCCAUCUACCAGCAGCCUCCUGCUGCUACUGUUGCUGUUGAGGCCAGACCCUGGGACAGCAUUGCUACUGCCAUCCGUCACCACCUGCUGUACUGAGCUCUACAAAAAGACACCCUCGAACAAGCUACUGAGGAAGGUCAUCCGGGUGGAACUACAGGAGGCUGAUGGAGACUGUCAUCUCCGGGCCUUGGUGCUUCACCUAGGUGAACGCAGUGUCUGCAUCCACCCCCAGAACUGUAGCCUGAUUCAGUGGUUUCAGCGUCAAGGAAGGAGACUCCAGGGGACUUUUCCCAACCUGAACUUUGGGCAGCUCAGGAAAAUGGGCUGUGUCCCCCAACAGCCAAAAUAAUAAUGUAGCAUUGGAUAAUGGUCUCUGGCUUUAUCUCCAAGUUCUAUGCACUCUUCAGUGAGCCCUAAAUG